UCAAUGUCUGGGCGAUGGAAGGAAGGGCGAGAAUUCUGCUUCAAGUCUUAUCUAUAGCUGUGUUCUGUAUAUCGAUCAGCCGAUCUCAAAUAGAAAAUACUUCAUCGCCAGCUCAGUGCCACUUCGAAGGGAAAGAUUAUCAAGAGGGAGCUAGAUACAAAUCACAGGUCGAUCCUUGUAUCAGAUGUAGAUGUAAGGAUGGAGAAUCUGAAUGUUCUUUAAAGGCUAGGAGUGCAUGUAAACCGGUGACAUGUGAGAAUCCCAUUAUCAGCCCAGGAAAAUGCUGCCCAAGAUGUCCAGGACCAAACUCAAGGCACAAAGCAAAUCCAACUCCUCCACCGACACCAGGGGAAGGAGAAGGAAUGACCACUGUAUCUUCUUCUGGCUCUAGCAUCUUGAUAAUGAGAUUACCACCACCACCAAUUAUACCACCUCCUCCCCCUUCCGGAGUCCUUGGUUUUGAUUUUCAUAACGACACAUUCAUUCCAACAACCAUGAUGCCUCCAGCCCCACCAUCACCACCACCGCCACCUCCACCGACAGAUCCAGAUACGACGACGACUACCAUGCCGACUACCACGGAUGAUGGCGUGUGUACCAUGUCAUGCGUGGGUAUGCAGGGAGAACCUGGCCCGCCCGGAAGGAGAGGGAGAAAAGGAGAUACAGGCGAUAUAGGACCAAAGGGUGAACCAGGGGAACGAGGACUAGAUGGGACAGACGGCAUGCCCGGUGCACAGGGACCACAAGGACCAGAGGGUCCAAUAGGAUUACCAGGUGUGGUCGGAAUGCAAGGACCAAGAGGACCAAAAGGAGCAAUAGGAAGUCCAGGCAGAAGGGGACGUACUGGAUCCGAUGGUGAGCCAGGGCCACAGGGACCGAAGGGAAUGAUGGGUAUUCAGGGACCACAGGGACCUCGGGGUCCGCCAGGAAUAGGUCAGAAUGGCGAACCUGGUACCGUAGGUCCCCGCGGCCCACCAGGAAUACAAGGAAGUGUCGGAAAGCGUGGCUUGACUGGACCCCCUGGACCACCCGGUCCAAAAGGAGACCAGGGAGAUUUUGUUACUCAGGGGCGCAUCUUGAUUGUGCCUGAUGAGAACGCAAUGAACAGCAUCAGCGAAGAAGCGGCCCUCGCCUACCGCCUGGACGACAGGAAGCUCUACUUCCGGGAUAACACCAACUGGAACUGUCUGAUGGCAUCCUCCGAUCUUCUGCAGGAAGUAAAGACAAUGCGUGGACCUCCAGGCCGUCAGGGGAUGCCAGGGCCCCAAGGACCCAGAGGAGAGAAGGGUGAAAAGGGCGACUCUGGCUCUGACACUGAUAUCUUGAUCCCGGGACAGGAGGUUGAAUGCGGCAACGGAAUCAUGGAACCGGGUGAACAAUGUGAUGACGGGAAUGAAGACAUCCACGAUGGCUGCAUUGAUUGUAGACGAUCCUACUGUGGUGAUGGCUAUCGUCAACGCGGUGUUGAAGCGUGUGAUGGAACCGACUUUGAUGGAAAAACAUGUCAAUACUUCUUCCCAAAAUACGACACGAUUGGCUCUCUGCGAUGUACAAACAGAUGUCAGAUUGAUACGGGUGGAUGCAAGGUAGUGAGAAGAAAGAGAAGAAACUUACAGACGCCGUGAUCACAUAGACCACCACGAUGGACGUUCUUCACAUUCUUCAUCACUUCAUGCCCUCAAAUCCACUGAAAAGGAGCCAGUGAAACAAGGCCAAAACUGAUGCUGAAAGUACUGCCAAGUUUAAUUAACUACCAUUAUUAAACAACUAUUAAAUUAUCUUUCUGGUUUUACCACCACCUCAGAAAUAGAAUAUUUCAAAAACAAACAGCUCUAGUAAACAAUAUAAAAUUCAAAAUGAAACAGACUGAAAUCAAUGAAUUUUAUAUAUACAUUCUGUUAAUCACAUAUUGCACUAAAAACUUGAAACAUAUCUUUGAGAACAGGAUGUUACAAUUGGACAUAAAUCAGCAUUGUCAUAUUUAGGAGUCUCUAAAGAGAUUGGGCAGAUUUCGAAUCAUGGCUUCUAUUAAAGGACAAAUGAUUUUCUAGGAAAGCAACUGAGGAUGGAAAUAAGUACAAAACUCAGUCACUUGCUUAAGAUUAUGUCUUUGUUAAGAAAUGUUCAUAUUGACUCCUAUGUGCCUUGCGUUGCCUUUGGCAUGGGGAUGACUUCCAUUUAAGUAGACCUAGCAAAAGAUGGAGUCAGGACUGGUGUGAUUUAAAUUCUGGCAAGAAAGAGAUUUUUUUCUUUCAUGGGAUAUGAAAAUGAAAUAUGGCAAAUUAGUCAAAAACAAGGAUUUGCCAUAGUUGAAUGCAAAUACCCCCCUCCCAUUAUUAUAUACAUAGAUGGAGAAAGAGAAGAAUGUAGGUGAGGUAGUUUUUUCAAGAGUGCUUAUUCUUUUUGCUGACCAGCAUUAAUUUGAUACACCUGCUUUAUAUCAAAGAGAAUCCAAGGUAGGUAGAACACAAUCUGUUUGCAAUGAGAAGGAAUUUAAGUUCACCCUGAUUUGAAGUUUGGUUUACUGGAAGCUUUUCUUGUGGAAAUUUAUUUAAAAAAAAAGACUUUGUUUAUAUUUUUGGACAUCAGUCAGUUCUCCCAUGUCAUGUAAUAUCAAUUUUGAGAGGAUUGUAUUCUUAAUUCAGACAAGCAUGUAUACAAAUUUUAACUUUCCUAGAUUUACACAAUAGGCCAUCUAUGGAGUUUAUAUCACAUGACGUACAUGUAACGUCACAAAAUAAAAUACUUUUAGAACCUUCAUUUAUAUGAAACCAACUAGGUGAACUACCUCUUUAAACACAGAAUAAAAUUAUUUAUAUGCAUCCUUCCCAUUUCAAACAGACCUAUUCAUUUGUUGUUAGUUAGUACUUGUAGAGCAUAGACUUGUUGACCCCAAAAUGGGCUAGCAAUACCCUUAGUUAUCAGUUUACUGAAGUAUUUCCUCUUUAAUUUAUGCAGCUGCAUUAAAAUGAUUUUUACAAUACCACGAUUCUCCUUUCCAUACGAAAUUUAUUUCCGAAUAUUUUUAAACAAUAUUUCUGUAGAAAUUAAUUUUUUUUGUCUAAAGAUAAUCUGGAAUCAACUGCUGUUCCAUGUAAUAUUUGUAUAUAUAUUUCUGGAUGUUGAUAAUCGCUUUUAAAGAGUAUUUCAGUAUAUCGAGUUAAACAACAUAUCCUAAUGCUUGUACCAUAUUCUGUGAACUGAUGCUGGGGUUGUGGCACUUCCGACUUUUACAGUUCACAAGAUUAAUUACAAUUGUGAAAAUGUUCUCUUAUGCAACCCCCUCCUUUUAUAUGCCAUUAAAUGUCUUAUUAUUCAUUAGAUAGUGUAAAUACUAACUGUACCUAAUUAUUUAAAAAAUUGCAUAGCUCAUAAUUGAACAACAAAAAUAGAGAGUAAGAUGAUGUUACUCUUUGCUCAUCUAGGCAGAGUCCUACGAAUCAUGCCACACUUCCGUCCUGUCCAUUUCCUUUAAACAAUUGAGUAGGAACAAUAUGCCCUCCUUAAAGGGAUGGUCCAGGCUGGAAAUGUCUAUAUCUCAAUAAAUAAGAGUAAAAGCAAAAUGCUGAAAAUUUGAUCAAAAUCGGAUAACAAAUAACAAAGUUAUAGACUUUUAAAGAUUUGCAUUAUUCCGGUGAAACAGUUCUAGGCAUGUUCUUAUGAAUAUUUAUUAGGUGGGCUGAUGAUGUCAUAUCCCCACUUGUUCUUUAUUGUAGGAAAUUAGGUUUAUUCAAAAAACUAAAACAAUUGGAUUGACAACUGAUAAGUGCAUUAGUUAUUUAUUGCCGCAACUUAUUUCAUAAUAAUGGAGACACAUCAUUUACACAUGUAUAAUUUCAUGUAAUAAAGGGAAAGUGGAGAUGUGUCAUCAUCAGCCCACCUAAUAAAUAUUAUCCGAUUUUGAUGAAAUUUUCAGCAUUUUGCUCUGUGAAUUUUACUCUAUUUAUUUAGAAAUCUUUUCAGCCCGGAUCAUCCCUUUAACACUACUGAUAGCAAAAAUUAAAGGAAUUCCUUUUUACAAAGGACUAUAACCUUGUUUGUGGAUGAGGGGCUGGAGUCGGAAGACUUGAUGCAAGAAGAACAUGCUCCUAAUCUCUGAUGCACAGUUGUCUCCAUGAGAAACAGAUCACCUCCUAUCUGUAUGGAAAAUAAUAUGAUGAAAGAUAUUAAAUCAUAUUCUCUUGACUCCCUCAUAAGAAUCUGUAUCUCUCUUAUUCCAAAAAAAAAAUAAAAUGGAAAUUUCAGUGAACAUUUGCAUUUUUCAAAGUAAAUUGUUACUGAUAUAUGCUUCAAUGUUUUAAUAUUGUAAAUGUAUGUACUCCAGUUUUGCACUUUUAUAUACCACACCAUUAUGAAAUUGUACAUACUUAUGGGUUGUGUAUAUUACUUGUGACAUAGCUUUAUACCUCAAUAUUUAUGUGUUAUAUAUAUUCACCACUAGAAGUAUUGUUUUAUUUGUACAGUAAUUGGAUAAAAAUGCAAUAAAAUUGUGAUGUAGAUGGAUAUAUAUAACUAAA